UGCAUUUGCUGGGUCAGGUGUGAGCACAAUAGAUUUUGGAUUGUGAUCCCCUUGGGCCAUGGAACCGCUUUUCAUUUAGUGCAAAGCAGAGGCAGCCGGUUAGGGCAGUGCUGGAGCGGGUAGGGUGACAUAACAGACAAUUACCGGCAGCCCCCUGCCUACUGUCACCAUCCCGGGUGGCAAUUUCCCCACCUACCGUAAUUAUGAGCCCUUUGGGAACAGUGACCUAUUUUAUGUAUUUAUUGAUGUAAUUUAUUGAUGUGUAACCGUUUUGGAAACUUUUGUUGAAAAGCAGUAUAUGAAUAUUCAGCAUAUAUUCAUAUAGUGCUUUUAUCUAGUCUCUGUGCAGAGGCCAGAUGAGUACGGUAGGUGGGGCAGCCGCCGAGUGGGGCGCCGAUGCUCCCAGUGGCUUUCCAGUGCCACCAGUAUGCCUCUCGCUGCCCCAGCACUGCCCUCACCGGUCACCUCUGCCUGGCAGGAUGGUACCCAAUCCCUCCCCACCUGAAGUGAUAUCUGGACAUGCACUAGAAAAUACCUGUCAUAUCAUAUUUUGGACACAUUAUGCGAAGACCCAGCUCCCUUGAUAAGACCAUAAUGCUGGGGAAAGUUGAAGGAAAGAGAAGAAGAGGAUGACCAGCAAGAUGGAUGGACUACCUGUAGAUUACAACAGCAAUGAAUGCACCACUGAGAGACCUUAAAGGCCAAGUGGAAGACAGAUCAUCCUGGAGAGAAUCUAUCUGUGUGGUUGCUAAGAGUCGACACUGGCUUGACGGCACUUAAUCAAUCAAUCAAUCAAUCAAUCAAUCAAUCAGAAAGUACCUGAAGCCAUCUGGUCCACUCAGAUGCUUUGGAAGCAAGGUUCUUUACAUUUGGUAGCUAAAUAAUAUUUUACGGAGCAAGUAUCUAAAUCUCAUAAUCUGGUGAACUCGCAACAACUUGCCCUUUGGCUAAAUUUUUCAUCUGGAUCCUAAACAUACUUAGUUUGAAUUCAGUCCCAAUGUCUUCUGUGGAAUUCCAUCUUGCACAAAUACCAUCCGUGCAUUUAAGAGGCUCUGCUUCCCCAUGAACCUUCUCCCUUUGGCAGGAGGGUGUUCAGAAGAGAGACUGAUUUUGAUAGUGGGCUGAGUUUUCUCCUCCCUCCCUUUCAUCUUGGAAGUUCUCAUCAUGAGCCUCCAAAACCCAAAUACACCAGGCCUCUUGUUGCACCUCAAGCUGCAGCUUGCAUUGAGCUGCGAUAUUCUCCUCUCCCUCCCAUGGGUGGGCAAGGGGCACUUCAGUUCUGCGCUCCCAGGAGUGACCUCUGCCCACGCAACCCACCUCUUCUGGUGCUGAUCUAAGUUAUCACUCCCAGCUCUCACUUUUGGAUUCUGUAUUUGCAGAGAAAUGGAAAAAACGAGUUGCCUACGAAGCAGCAUUACCCAUUUGACAGAUCUGUGUCUCUGAGGGUUUGAAAAGAAGCUGAGAUGGAGUACCAGGAAACCUGUGUGGUUUUCCUACCUUUUUUCUCAAGCACACAACUUGACUCGCUUGCUGGAGCCAUCAGCUGGAGGCAUUUCCAGGGCACGACUGAAAAUGUCAAACAACUCUCAUCUUAAACUGAAGCUUUUGGAUUAUGGAAUUUCCAGGUGUUUUAAAAAGGGAAAUCCAAUUAGACACAAUGGGGAAGAGCUUACUCAAACCACAAAGUAGAACUUCCUGAUGUUGGACACCAAAAACUUUGUAAAACCUUCAACUAAGCAGAGCAAGAAAAUCUUUCUGCCAGCUGGAGGCAGCUCUGGAGCAUAGGCAGGAGAUGGAAGAGCAAAACCUGGGUGGUCCUGCAGUAGUUCGAGACCCUGAGUUUGGAAGCACUGGGGAAUUCUGGGAAAGGACCCAGAAGAUCCUGAGAGGAGACCGCACCAGCUCAGAUGCCCAGUGCCGGAGAUUCAGGCAGUUCUGCUACCAGGAGGCUGAGGGGCCUCGAGAGGUUUGCAGCCAACUCCAUGAUCUUUGCCGUCAGUGGCUGAUGCCAGAAAAGCACACCAAGAUGCAGAUCCUGGACCUGGUCAUCCUGGAGCAGUUCCUGACCGUCCUGCCCCCAGAGAUGGAGAACUGGGUCAGAGAAUGCGGAGCAGAGACCAGUUCCCAGGCGGUGGCCCUGGCAGAAGGUUUCCUCCUGAGCCAGGCAGAGGAGGAGAAGCAAGAAGAGCAGCAGGUGCAGGGGCCAUCAGCAGAAGUGACCACUGAUUUCCUGGAGACAGAGGCGGUUCCAUUGGACACCAGAGAGAAGCCACUCUUCAGGUGGAUCUUGCAGGAGGGUGAUGCAGGGGCCACUCCUCUAGGCAGCGAAAAGGCCCUGAAGCUUGUUUCUUGGACUUCUCUUGGUGGUGGAGUGGAAAUGGUUGAUGUGCAAUCAGAUCAGGGCCCAAUGACCUUGGAGGAGGUGGCUGUGUGUUUCUCCGAGGAGGAGUGGGCUCUGCUGGAUGCAGGCCAAAGGGCUCUGCACAGGGAAGUCAUGGAGGAGAAUUCUGGGCACCUAGCCUCACUAGAAGGACUUCUAGUUCCCAGAGCUGAAUUCCCAUCCUGUCUGGAAGCGGGGGAAGAUCCACUCAUCCAAGUGGAGGACUCCGAGGAAGGAGAGAGCUCAGCAGGCGAUAAGAGGAAGAGUGAGAAAGACAGUGAAUUGCAUCAGUGGAAAACUGAAGCAAAACAGAAGUGGAGAGAGAAAGCCCUUGCUUCUGAAGCUGUGACAUUCCAUGAAACUCCAAUCCAAGAAGAAAAUCGCAAAGGAUAUGUAAGGAGCACCUUCCCUCCCUAUGCGAGCAUUUUAACCAGCACAUCAAACCUUAGAACUGACAGAGGAGAACAGUCAUAUCAGUGCACAGAAUGUGGCAAGAGCUACAGUCAAAAGACAAACCUUACUAGACACCAAAGAGUCCACACAGGGGAGAAACCAUUUAAAUGCUCCGACUGUGGGAAGAGCUUCAGCCAGAGCUCAAGCCUGACGUACCAUCAAAGAGUCCACACAGGGGAGAAACCCUAUCAGUGCUCUGUAUGCGGAAGGAGCUUCAGCCGGAGUGCGAACCUUACAAGACAUCACCGAAUCCACACAGGGGAGAAACCCUAUCAGUGCUGGGAAUGUGGGAAGAGCUUCAGUCAGAGAAGGAACCUCCUUGCACAUCACCAGAUCCAUUCACGGAAGAAACCAUCUCAGUGCCAGGAGGGUGGAGAUUGCACAGUUUGUAGCAAAAACCCAAAUGAACACCCGAGAACUUGCACAGGGGAAAAUCCAGUGAACCCCACAGUUGCCUGGAGCGCAGAAACGACUUCAGGUGAAGCACAGACUUUCGUGACAAUGAUCUUAUACCCAGGAGAAACUGUAUAAAUAAUCAGAAUGGAGCUUUUCUGACCUCUCCAGGAGAGGAGAUCUGAUCUGGUGGUAGUAAGCAUGACUUGCCACACUAGCUGAGCAGGUUCUGCCCCGGUUGCAUUUGAAUGGGAGACCACAUGUGAGCACUGUAGGAUAUUCCCCUCAGGAGAUGGAGCCGCUCUGGGAAGAGCAGAAGGUUCCAAGUUCCCUCCCUGGCUUCUCCAAGAUAGGGCUGAGAGAGAUUCCUGCCUACAGCCUGGGAGAAGCCACUGCCAGUCUGUGUGUAGACAAUACUGAGCUAAAUAGACCAAUGCUGACUCAGUGUAUGGCAGCUGCCUAUGUUCUGUGAUCCUUAGCAUCUUCAGGUAGGGUUGGGGAAGACUUCUGCCUGGAGAUCUGCUUCCAGUUAGUGUAGACCAGGGACUCCCAACCGGUGGUACACCGGCUGUUGCUGAACUACAACUCCCAUCAUCCCCAGGCACAGUUUGUUGUGGCUGGGGAUGAUGGGAGUUGUAGUUCAGCAACAGCUAGCAUACCACAGGCUGGGAACCCCUGGUGUAGACGGUACUGAGCUAGCUGCCCCACUGCUCUGACUUGGUAUAAAGCAACUUCCUAUGUUCCUGAAGCCCACAAGAGAAACAAAUGCUCAAAAUCUUUUAUUUAUCUAUUUUUUAAUAUAUAUUUACACCUCCUUAAACCCUGUUAGAAUCAGGGUUCUGGUAUCUAUAGACAUUAAGAGUGACUACAGUAUUAUGAUGGGAUUUUGUGGGGUCUCAUUGAUCCCUAGCAUAGUAAGUACAUCGUUCGUUCUUAACAAGCAAUGCAAAAACUGCACUUUUACACAACAUUACAGGGCGGGGGGGGGGGUGAGGGGCUGAAAUGCCACAGGGCACUUAACCUCAUUAAGGUGGAUCCUGACCUGGGACAUGGGGUUGCAGAACAGUGAACACAGGUUUUAUUCCCCCCCCCCGCCACACACACACACACACACACACUUCUCAAAUCAGGUACCGUACACCAUGAUUUUGACUGAGGGUUAUGGGAUGGGAUGUGUAGAAAUAUGCAGAACUUUCUGCUGGGAUGCUGAUUGUUCUACAAAUCAGAGAAUGAGCAAUUGUGGGAACAAAACUGUAGUGCACUGCAGGAGUCCCCAGAUGGUGCUGGACUACAACUCCCAUCAUCCAUUGCAGCUGUGGAUUAUGGGAGUUGUAAUCCAACACCAUCCAGAGGCCCAAGUUUGAGAACCUCUGCUGUAGUGAAUCAGAUUUUACUCUGUGACCAAAUUUCAGCCAUUUCCUUGCCCCCAGCCCUUGCUGUUGCUUGGAGCUGCUGCAGAGGAGAGAUGUUAGCCAGGGAGCACUCCUCAAUCUGCUACUCCAAGAAGAGAAGCCGGCUGCCCCCUGCAGUUGUCAUCUGCUGCUAGGUUCUUCAUCGUGGCUAGCUUCUUGGGGAUUAUUUACAUCCGGCCUGUUGCAGCUUUAACAACGACCCUGCUCCAGGCCCAUCAUCCAAUGUUGAAAUCAGAAGCUGAUAGUUCUCCAAGGCCUCCAUACCUUCCCAGCAUGCUUUGCUUUGCCCGUAGUCUGGAAAGCCUAAUUUCAACAGGAGUUGUCCUCUGAUUGGCUACGAAGGGGCAGGAGGCGGAUCCAGCCUUGCUGAAGAGGCUCCAGCGGCUCCAGCUUUGCUGAAGUACCUCCAGCUCCAGGAUCAUAAAGUGUGCUUUGUAGAGUGGCACCAUCCAUGUAUGGCAGCCCCUGUAGCCACAGCACUCUAUUGUUUCCAGUCCUGCUGGGUAGAAGAGGUAAGUGGAGCCACAUGAUCAGAAAAAGCAAUUUUUUCCCCCUACCUCAUGUUAAGAGCAAGGUUACCUGCAGGAUGGGUUACCCAGCUUUGAGCAACCUUAGGAUUCGUGUGGGUUCUCACUCUCACAAUAAUGCAAAACAAGACAACAUAGCUGUGACUGAGCUGUCAUGGUGACUGACCAGGAGAGAGAUCUUGGGGUCGUGGUGGACAGCUUGUUGAAAAUGUCGACUCAAUGUGCGGCAACUGUGAAAAAGGCCAGUUCCAUGCUAGGGAACAUUAGGAAGGGACUGAAAAUAAAACUGCUACUAUUAUAAUGUCCUUAUACAAAAUUAUGGUGUGGCCACGCCUGGAGUACUGCAUACAAUUCUGGUCACCACAUCUAAAAAAGGACACUGUAGAACUGGAAAAGGUGCAGAAGAGGGCAACCAAGAUGAUCAGGGGCCUAGAGCACCUCUCUUAUGAGGCAAGGCUACAACACUUGGGGCUUUUUAGUUUAGAAAAAAGAUGACUGCGGGGAGACAUGAUAUAAAAUCUAUAAAUCAUGCAUGGAGUGGAGAAAGUCUAUAAAAUCAUGCAUGGAGUGGAGAAAGUGGCUAGAGAGAAAUUCUUCUCCCUCUCACAUAAUACUAGAACCAGGGGUCAUCCCAUGAAAUUGAUUGCCACACAUAAUCAACUUGUGGAAUUCUCUGCCACAAGAUGUGGUGACAGCCAACAACCUGGAUGGCUUUAAGAGGGGCUUGGAUAACUUCAUGGAGGAGAGGUCUCUCAACGGCUACUAACAUAAGAACAGUCCUAUUGGAUAAGGCCCAAGGCCCAUCUUGUCCAGCAUCCUGUUUCACACAGUUGCCCACCAGGGCCACCUCCAGCCUCAAAGGCAGGAUGCCUCUGAGUACCAGUUGCAGUAGAGUAACAGCAGGGGAGAGGGCAUGCCCUCAACUCCUGCCUGUGGCUUCCAGCGGCAUCUGGUGGGCCACUGUGUGAAACAGGAUGCUGGACUAGAUGGGCCUUGGGCCUGAUCCAGCAGGGCUGUUCUUAUGUACCAUGAUUUAAUGUUUGGACAAACCAGCAUUUGGUGUUUACAUUUGUCUUUGGGCAGGUUUUCAAAAUCACUCCAUACACCCCUAAACCUGCUGCUCCCACGUAGUGCUCGAACUACGUACAUAUCUGGCUUCCCUGACCUGUUCUCUCUUCCCUAGGAGCUCACGUUUCAGAACUAAAUAAAUAAGCUUUGCACUUCCAAUAGAAUCUGCCAGUGUCAGGAUAACGGCAAGCCUUUGGAUGGGGCAGGAUAAACCUGUAACAAACAAACAAA